AGGAGACUUAAGAUAAAACAUUUAUGUACACUGAAAGGUGUUCCCAGAGACAGAUCAGAUUCACUAAAGGCUAAUGAUCUUGAAGGUAUCCAUGUACUUGUUGAGCACUUUACAUUGAUCUGGUAUUUCAGGGCCUCCUAUAACGGAACGAAUAAGGCUGGAGAGCGGAUGAUACCGUCUGGAACAGCCUACUCCACAUUUUACCUUUUUGCGGAACAGUUUGGUCUGAAGUAUACAAUGAGGGAGGAGUAUAGAUGCAAUGUGACCAAUGAAACACUGUUUACCGGGGGCUGUAAACAUCUAAUAGAUGACGAAAUAUUUGCGUUUAUUCAUUGUUCCAACAACUACAUGUUCUACGGACCCAACAAUACAGUUCUAUUUAACAAAGUAAAUUUGUUGCCUAUAUAUGACUCGGGAACAACUUUAAUUUGCCCCCUGCCGGUCAAAAAAACUAAUUUCUUCCAAAUUAUUCAACCUUUCAGCUUUGAGAUGCAUAUUAGCUACCAUUACAAACUGGAGGAAAACUUUUAUAUUGAUGUUAUUAACGGACUAAAGAAGCAAGGACGUUAUGUCAUUCGUAAUGAACUUGAAAAGGCAGAUUUCAUCACUAAAAGAGGAGAUUGCGUGGCGGUGGAUUUAAACACAAUGAGACACUUGAUUACCCAACAACAGCUCAAGGAGGGAAAGGUAACCGUUUCUCUCUCUACCUUCGAUGAUGGCGGUAUCUUUGUUCCUAAAAUUAUUAAUGGUUGGUUAUAUAAACGGGAAGGAGAAUAUUUGGAAACAAUUCAACGGUUUAUAACACAACUCUGGGAUUCAGGGCUGAUGAUACAUAUACUGCGUAUACACUAUGGAAGAGCCCUCAAAGUGACUGAGACUGAAUCUGAACCUGAACCCUUGUACAUGGAGAGUUUAUAUCUUUGCUUCAUUAUUUACUUUUUUGGACUCCUUCUAGGCAAAGUCGUCUUCAUUCAAAAAAACAUGCUUUUAUUGCAUUAACAAUUGAAAACAAACAGUG